GGUUUGUCUACCGCCAAUAAACAGAAAAGAAGAAGAAAAAGUAGUAGACGUGAGCGUUCUGGACAUCAAGAAGCUGCUGUGCAAAUAUGCGAGCUUUUCCUGUGAGUUGUCCACAAGAUAAAUCACGAACGACUGUGACUGGUGCUGAAUAAGUCUUGGCAGAAGUGUGUGAACCAAUAUUCUGCAAGCACACUGGAUUUGAGUUUGAUACAAAUGUUGGAAAUAUGACUUGCUCAGAGGAAGCAGAGGCACAAUUUGCAGAGAUAGAGCUUCUAUUAAGUAUGUUUCCAAGUGAAGAAGAGUUACAAGUGGAUGAGCUGUCCCAUGCAGAGCUCAGGGCUUAUGUGGAGGGCUCAGCUCAUACUCCCCCCAGCACCAGACCUCAAUUCAGCAUCAAGCUGAAGGUGGAGAACCUUGAAGUGAGCAUUACGUUGUUGUGCACUUACCCACCUGACUACCCGAAAGUGUUGCCAGAUAUUACUAUCAGAUGUUCUGAGCUCACCAGAUCACAGCAGAUGCUGCUUCACUCCAACCUCAACACCUACCUGUCUGAAAACUGCAGUGGUGAUGUGUGUAUUCUUUCUGCUGUGCAGUGGAUCAAUGAAAAUGCACAAGAAUAUAUCACUAAAAGUGUCCCUGUCAGCGAUCCUAAGAAGGAAAAUGUUUCAAAGCAGUCAAAUGAGACCUUCACUAGACUCUGGAUCUACAGCCAUCAUAUCUACAAUAAGAUCAAGAGGAAGAACAUUCUGGAAUGGGCAAAGGAGCUGAACCUUUCUGGGUUCAGUAUGCCGGGAAAGCCUGGUAUUGUGUGUGUGGAGGGUCUGCAGUCUGCUUGCGAUGAGUUCUGGGCCAGGGUGAAAGUUUUAACAUGGAAAAGAAUUAUGGUUCGUCACAGAGAGGAUGUCCCUUUGGAAAACAGCUCAAUGGAGGAGAGAAUUGACUCCCUCCGCAAAUUCACUGGAUUUCAUGAAGCCAUAUUUGAACCUCAUGGGACCAGAGGAAACCACAUGGACCUUGGACAGCUUUAUCAGUUCCUUAAUGAUAAAGGAUGUGCUGAUAUCUUUCAAAUGUACUUUGGCAUUGAGGGGAGAUAAUGCACACACAGACAAACUAUUAUUUCUAAUUUUGCCUUAAUUUUAGGCUUAAUAUUGACAAUAUUAACUGUUGUCUCAAAAGGAUGCACCUGUGCCAUCACUCCUCAAAUUUCUCUUCUUCAUGAAGUGGGUUUACAAUGUUGUUCCGACAGUGUGCUCUCGCUUAUAGAGACAUUCGUGCCUGCCCACUUUUUCAGCGACAUUGGUUCUGGAAGUAUUUUUUCUAUUCGUUUUUCUCAUAGGGAUUUUCUAAAAGUCUUUGUUAAAGUGUUAUAAUUAAUUAAUCCAACCAGCUACAAAGUGAAUCAUAAACUUUGAUAAAUAAAUCACAAACUUUGAUUUGAAGCAAAAAAAAAAGUAUUUAAAAAAUUGACAAAAAAGCAAAGGUACAAAACUGUACUUAGCAGCUUUAGGAACUUGAGGAAAAGAACUACAAUCCCAUGAAGCAUUGCAAACAGCAAUAUGCAUAUAUAUAUAUAUAUAUAUACACAAAUAUUUACAGUUUUUGAGAGUGUAGGGAGACUAACUUGAUUACGUCAUGCAUGUUUUGCUUGUGGCUCUUUGAUUGGUGGAAUUUUAUGUACAGCAUCAUGGGUAAUGUAUUUUUUCACCACAAAAUCCACUGUUAAACACGAUUGUUUUAAAAAUCAGUUACAAUUUUGCAGGAUGAUGGCUUCAACAGUAGCAAUUAACAUUGAUUAACAACCUUAUAGCUCAGUAGGGCUGUAUUUAAAGAUUUAUAAGUUAUCGUUAAAAAUCAAUAUCUCUAGAGUUUUUACUUAGAACCUGACUGUUGCACUCUAUUGCAAGGACUCAUUAAAGGAGAUCACUAAAAUGAA